UUUUGCAAUAGCCAGUAGACCGUGCAGGUUAAACGGUGAAUGUGUCUUUUUCAUUCGGCUAGUUUACUUCUGGCAGAGACACAGAAUGGACACAAAGCGAUUGAAUCUGUCCGACACUGAGCUGCGACAAAUUGUGAACGAUCACUUCACAACAUGUGACUCAGCCGACCAAGCGUACCGUAUCGUACAAACUGCCCUGGAACCGUUCAGUCCCUGCCCGGAGGGGUUUCUAGCGGAUCACUAUGCGCUGAAAGUUACGAUAGAAAGAAAUGGCCAAACGGAGCUGCUUAGCUUCUUCGUCAAGUGUCUACCCACUGAGAAUCCGGUGCUAAGAAGCUACCUCGAGGAGAUUGGUAGCUUCCGCAAGGAAAGCAGUGUCUUGCAGCGGAUAGUGGGAUCGAUUCAGCGCCACUGCCCAUGGCGUACCGUUGCCCCACGGGUGCACUUGGCCGUAGAGGAACAACUGCUCGUCAUGAACAAUCUUAAGUCCGACGGGUAUUCGGUCGUUAAACACGAAGGUGGUUUGUUGGAGGUGGUAUUCGUGCAGCAAGCGCUAGAAACACUAGCCAACCUGCAUGCCUGUUCGUUCGUACUGGAACAGAAGCAGGGUAAGCGUUUGCCCGAGCUGUUUCCAACCGUGCUCAAUGAAAAUGCUUGGGUGCAGACGUCUACCAGCACAAGAGUGAAGGAUGUGGCCAAUGUUAUCAAGCUGUACACCGAGCUGGUGAAGAUAUGCGAUCACUGGCACGGUCCACGAAAACAAACCAUUCUCGAGCGGCUAGCACCGCUGAUAAGAAAGAUUUACACGUACGUUGAACCGUCGCACGAAUUCCGCAACUGUCUCAAUCACGGUGAUCUUUGGUGUAACAACAUCAUGUUCAAGUGCGAUGGCCAAGGACAGCCGAUCGGUUGCGCGCUGGUAGACUAUCAACUGUCACGUUAUGUGCCACCGGCGUACGACAUAAACCUGUUGCUGUACCUAACGACCAGUCGUCAAUUGCGAGACGAGAAUCUAUCUGCGCUGUUAGACCAUUAUUACAAGUGUUUUGUGGACACGCUGGAACGAAAUCAGGUGAAUGCGAGCGAGAUUUAUCCUCACGAAACGUUUCUUCGGUGCUGCCAGCAUUACAGACUCGCAGGACUCAUCCACUCGACGAUUAUCAGCGGUGAGGUGACUCUGCCGAGCAAGUUUUUGGAGGAAAUAUUCGGUGACCUACAGAGUACGGCCAGCUUUAUGCCGGACACGAAGGUGUGGAUUUGUGUAAAGGCUUUCCAGGCAGACGAACGCUACCGGAAGCAUCUGAUAGAGUUGCUAGAUGAACUGUUUGCUUAUGUGUAGAAUGUAGCUGUGAAGAAAGUGUGUGACGUUUUCAUUUAUGCAAAAGUAUUAAAUACAUCUAGAAGAAAAUAGUAGACCAUAUGAUGAAGUGAA